CGAGUUUUGAUAUGUUUCGCGAAGUCUUUGAAAUGGAUGGCGGUGAAUGAGAGUGGCGUGUUUAGCCGGAUUAACGUUUGAUAUUAAAUUGAUUAAUGAAUUGGUUGUGAGUGUGUGGCUGUAUACUAAUAAUGAACUAGGUCAACAUUGUUUAAUUUAAAAUUCGCAAAAACGCUGAGUUGCAGCGAAAAGUGGUUCGUAGAACUUUUGUGAAGCAGCAGUUGACAUAAGCGUCCUACGUGUCUCUAUAGUUAGUUGAUAAGUGUGAAGAUGGUUGUACCUGCAGCAAGUAGGAGUGGACAGGCUCCAAUAUCGACUUCGUCGGGAUGGAAGAGCCUCAUAACAUUUACGGUUCUAUUUUUAGCGUGGAUUUCUGGUUUUGCGUCCAGAUUGUUUGCUGUGAUAAGAUUUGAGAGUAUCAUCCAUGAAUUUGAUCCAUGGUUCAAUUAUAGAGCAACAGCUUACAUGGUGAAAAAUGGGUUUUACCAGUUCCUGAAUUGGUUUGAUGAGAGAGCAUGGUAUCCUCUUGGAAGAAUUGUUGGAGGGACUGUUUAUCCAGGACUGAUGAUUACCUCUGGCAGUAUACAUUAUGUUCUACAUUCUCUGAAUAUACCUGUUCACAUUCGGGACAUAUGUGUUUUCUUGGCUCCUGUUUUUAGUGGCCUGACAGCAAUUGCUACAUAUCUGUUAACAAAAGAAUUGUGGUCACCAGGAGCUGGCCUCUUUGCAGCAUGCUUCAUCGCAAUUGUUCCUGGCUAUAUUAGCCGAUCAGUAGCUGGAAGUUACGACAAUGAAGGGAUAGCUAUAUUUGCUUUACAACUAACAUACUAUUUAUGGGUGAAAUCAGUGAAAUCUGGCUCAAUAUUUUGGUCCUGUAUGACUGCACUAUCAUAUUUUUAUAUGGUUUCAGCUUGGGGUGGAUACGUUUUUAUUAUAAACCUAAUACCUCUUCACGUUUUUGCUUUACUGUUAAUGGGGCGAUACUCAAAUCGCCUUUUCACAAGCUACACAACAUUUUACAUCUUGGGGCUUAUCCUUAGUAUGCAGAUACCAUUUGUUGGCUUUCAGCCAAUUCGUACUAGUGAACAUAUGGCUGCUACAGGUGUAUUUGCUCUCUUAAUGGCAGUUGCAUUCUUGAAAUACCUGCAGAGUAUUCUGUCAAAGGCAGAAUUCAAAUAUUUCUUCACUGUGUCUGCCCUGGCGUCUGCUGGAAUUGUUUUUCUAACAGUAGUAGGUCUCACUUACGCAGGAGUAAUUGCUCCUUGGAGCGGAAGGUUCUAUUCGCUAUGGGACACGGGAUAUGCUAAAAUACAUAUUCCCAUCAUUGCCUCAGUGUCAGAACAUCAGCCUACUACAUGGUUUUCCUUCUUUUUUGAUCUCCACAUACUUGCUACUAUGUUUCCUGUUGGGUUGUGGUAUUGCAUAAAAAAUGUAAAUGAUGAAAGAGUGUUUGUUGUUCUUUAUGCACUUAGUGCUGUAUAUUUUGCUGGUGUUAUGGUUCGUCUUAUGCUCACACUGACGCCUGUUGUUUGUGUCCUGAGUGGAAUCGCUUUUUCUCAACUUCUCGAGUUGUAUCUUAAAGAAGAUGAAAGUCCACAUGUCUCCUACAGUGACAGUGAAGAUGACAGCAAUGGUGACAAAAACAGUCGCAAUAUGUAUGAUAAGGCAGGAAAAUUAAGGAAGAUGAAGCAUGAACAGCAAAGAGAAUCUGAUGGCCUCGGAGUCAACAUACGCAGUAUUAUUAUUGUUGCAAUUCUGAUGUUGCUAAUGAUGUUUGCAGUACAUUGCACAUGGGUAACUAGCAAUGCCUAUUCUAGUCCCAGUAUUGUAUUGGCGUCUUAUGGUCACGACGGGUCCAGACAGAUUUUGGAUGAUUUUCGUGAAGCUUAUUAUUGGUUGUCGCAAAAUACACAUAGUGAUGCUAGAGUAAUGAGUUGGUGGGACUAUGGAUAUCAGAUUGCUGGAAUGGCAAAUCGUACAACAUUGGUUGAUAACAAUACAUGGAACAACAGCCAUAUUGCAUUGGUAGGAAAAGCAAUGUCAUCAAAUGAAAGUGAAGCCUACAAAAUAAUGAUUUCUUUGGAUGUGGAUUAUGUCCUUGUUAUAUUUGGUGGUGUUAUAGGAUACUCCGGUGAUGACAUCAACAAAUUUUUGUGGAUGGUUAGAAUAGCUGAAGGUGAACAUCCGAAAGACAUUCGGGAGAGUGAUUAUUUCACCGAUCGUGGGGAAUUCAGGGUUGAUGCUGAAGGCACACCCACACUUCUCAACUGCCUGAUGUACAAACUAAGUUAUUAUAAGUUUGGAGAACUGAAGCUUGAUUAUCGAAGUCCAGCAGGGUUCGAUAGAACAAGAAAUGCAAUAAUUGGAAAUAAGAAUUUUGAACUAACAUAUUUAGAAGAAGCCUAUACGACUGAACACUGGCUUGUCAGAAUAUACAGGGUUAAAAAGCCUGACGAGUUCAAUCGACCUCGCAUACCUGUAUCAGAACGUAAGAUUAAACGAAGCAGAGCAUUCAUCUCAAAGAAGACCAAUAAACGUAAGAAAGGUACAAUAAAAAAUAAGCCUAUUGUUAUAAAGGGCAAAAAGCCAGCUUCUCGUCAAGCAUCCUAGUAUGGAGACAUGAACCUUUGCCUGCCUUCACAGUGUGCCUGAGCCAACAAGACAUACCACAGUACUGUUAUAAAGUCUGAACAUUUUUGUUGAUAAAAAUUGUUGAAUAUUUUUCAUUGUAUUUAUUGACUAUUUCUAAGUCACAGACUUUUCAAGAAUGAACAAUAAAAUCAUUACAGCUUU